GCGGACGGACGGCGCUGAAACGCAUCAGACGUUUUGUUCCUGUCACGUGACCCUUUGACCAGGAAGGCGGCAGGUUGCGUGGUGGAAACACAACCAACAAUCUAAAGUACCAUUAGCCAUGUGGCUGGACUAGAGGCACAGUGAUGCCAGCUGCAGAGCAUGUCCGUCUGGGUAGGAAGCGCACCCUGCCCCCGUGCCCCAACCCCCUCUUCCUCCAGUGGCUGUCAGAGCUGCGGGACCAGGCGGCAGAGAAGGGACAGAAGACCCAGUACGUUUAUCAGAAGGCUAUCAGUUCAUUGAAGAAGUACCCCCUCCCCCUCCAGAACGCUCGAGAGGCUAAGAUUCUACAGAACUUUGGAGACGGAAUCUGCAAGAUACUGGAUGAGAAGUUACAGAGGCAUUACAGAGAGAACGGUCCGGACGCUCCCAUCCACUCCCUUCCCAGCGGUGUGACAGUGGCCCCUAGUCGCCGUAGCAACAACAACAUGGCUCAGCCCACCAAACAGCCCUCUAGGAAAGAGAGGGAAGGAGGGAGGAGGAAGAGGGAAUAUGUGCCCCAGAAGAGGUCUGGUGGAUAUGCUGUUGAAAACUCCCAGAUCUUUUGGGUCUGA